AUGAAACGCGACAACACGGGAGCGGCUCCCCGGACGCGGCGCGCCGUAAUGCUCACGAGAGAAAGCGCGAGGUCGUAUCAAGAGUUUAAUGAUGAAGAUGAUGAUGAUGAUGAUGAAGAAGAAGAAGGUGACUCGCGGUCCCCGGAUUUUUACGAAGACAUUGGGGACGAUCUGGAAGAAGAGGAGCCAAAUGGCAGCGUUUCGCAAGAGGAUGACAUCAAGGAAAACAGCCCGUCGAUGAGGUUCAGCAAAACGUGUCUGAAGAAUGUGUUCACGGUUGUGCUCAUCUUCAUAUACCUGUUGCUGACGGCGGUGGCCGUCUUCUUGGCCUACCAGACCAUCACCGACUUCAUGGAGAAACUCACCCACCCUGUCAUGUCCGUCACGUACAAAGAGGUUGACUCCUUUGCACCCCCUGGGAUUGCCCUAUACCCCAGGAAAGCUCAGCUGCUGAGCUGCAGGCACCACUACCACGACUGUAUCCCGCCGCUCGUGGCACCAGGGACGCCGCAGGAAAGUGACUGUGAGAUUGAGCGAGUGACCUACACGAGCCCGUUCUCGAAUCAAACCAAGAAACACGCCCUGGUGGUCCGCGGCCCCUCGGAUGUCAGAAAUAAGGAGUUGAUCUUCAUGCAGUUCAGCCAGAAUGAGACUGAGGAGGACUUCAGUGCCAUCACCUACAUGCUGUUUGCCAAUUACAGUGAGCUGAGCAAAAGCGCAGAUAAGUCGGAGUUCAUGAUGGACUGCGAGAGGAAUUACUCCAUGUGGACCUUCUCUGGUGGAUUCAGGACCUGGGUCAAGAUGUCACUGGUGAAGACGUCUGGGAAAAGCAAUGACGCUGUGGAAUUUCGGCAAGAGUCAGGUGUGGUCAAGUUCAAUGACAAGAGGCCCGAAUCACAACAGAGCAACCAGCUUUUCUUUGUCGUGUUUGAAUGGCGGGACGCUUUCAUGCAAGAGAUUCGGCUGAUCGUGACGGCUAAUGCCUGGAACUCCAUCGCCAUCCUCUGCGCCGUCUUCAUGGCGCUCUUCAAGGCUGCUAACUUUGCUAAACUCAGUGUCAAGUGGAUCAUCAAGAUGCGCAAGAGACACCUGAGGAGCAGAACCAGGGAACUGAACCAAAUAAGCUGAAACCCUACACACACUGGACUGACGAAACACUGGUGUCCCAGGCCCAUAUGACCCAACCCAUAAGUCACACUGGACUGACCAAACGCUGGUGUCCCAGGCCCAUAUGACCCAACCCAUAAGUCACACUGGACUGACCAAACGCUGGUGUCCCAGGCCCAUAUGACCCAACCCAUAAGUCACACUGGACUGACGAAACACUGGUGUCCCAGGCCCAUAUGACCCAACCCAUAAGUCACACUGGACUGACCAAACGCUGGUGUCCCAGGCCCAUAUGACCCAACCCAUAAGUCACACUGGACUGACCAAACGCUGGUGUCCCAGGCCCAUAUGACCCAACCCAUAAGUCACACUGGACUGACGAAACACUGGUG